GGGGGGGGGGGGGGGUGGGGGGGGGGGGGGGUGGGGGGGGGGGGGGGUGGGGGGGGGGGGGGGUGGGGGGGGGGGGGGGUGGGGGGGGGGGGGGGUGGGGGGGGGGGGGGGUGGGGGGGGGGGGGGGUGGGGGGGGGGGGGGGUGGGGGGGGGGGGGGGUGGGGGGGGGGGGGGGUGGGGGGGGGGGGGGGUGGGGGGGGGGGGGGGUGGGGGGGGGGGGGGGUGGGGGGGGGGGGGGGUGGGGGGGGGGGGGGGUGGGGGGGGGGGGGGGUGGGGGGGGGGGGGGGUGGGGGGGGGGGGGGGUGGGGGGGGGGGGGGGUGGGGGGGGGGGGGGGUGGGGGGGGGGGGGGGUGGGGGGGGGGGGGGGUGGGGGGGGGGGGGGGUGGGGGGGGGGGGGGGUGGGGGGGGGGGGGGGUGGGGGGGGGGGGGGGUGGGGGGGGGGGGGGGUGGGGGGGGGGGGGGGUGGGGGGGGGGGGGGGUGGGGGGGGGGGGGGGUGGGGGGGGGGGGGGGUGGGGGGGGGGGGGGGUGGGGGGGGGGGGGGGUGGGGGGGGGGGGGGGUGGGGGGGGGGGGGGGUGGGGGGGGGGGGGGGUGGGGGGGGGGGGGGGUGGGGGGGGGGGGGGGUGGGGGGGGGGGGGGGUGGGGGGGGGGGGGGGUGGGGGGGGGGGGGGGUGGGGGGGGGGGGGGGUGGGGGGGGGGGGGGGUGGGGGGGGGGGGGGGUGGGGGGGGGGGGGGGUGGGGGGGGGGGGGGGUGGGGGGGGGGGGGGGUGGGGGGGGGGGGGGGUGGGGGGGGGGGGGGGUGGGGGGGGGGGGGGGUGGGGGGGGGGGGGGGUGGGGGGGGGGGGGGGUGGGGGGGGGGGGGGGUGGGGGGGGGGGGGGGUGGGGGGGGGGGGGGGUGGGGGGGGGG